GCUGUUCUUUGUUCGGAUAAACAUCCAUUGGAUUUCUUUUUAGAAUGCGGUCUCGAGACUGUCUUUUAACUCCACACUGGUCUCUGCCAACAAUGCCAACAAUGAACAUGCCUGUGCGAAGACUGAUCAGAUGGCAGUUGAGGCAGGGUAGGUAGGAGAGAGAUCAGCGCCAAAAUUGCCCGUUUUGCGGGCGCACAUUUGACAACAGCACAUCAGCUCCUUGCAAUUGGCCGACGGGGAACCCAGCCUUGGCACGCUGCUGGCCCCAGAACCCCAGCGCCGCGCUCAAUAGUCCGCAGGUGGUGGCAUUUCCAUCCGCCUGCCCAAGCCUUCCCCCAUCGGUUUCUUCCGGCUGGACCCGAGAUCUCGAUGCUGGCAGCUGAAAUCCCAUCAUCCCAGCCCACAGUAUAUCGCACAGUCUCUCCCUGAGUGUUUUCUGCGCUUUUCCGCUCACUCCUCCCGUCGCUCCCUUGCAUCCCCCUGCAUCAAUCAACCACACCCACGCAUUUCCCUUUUUGCGUCCAUGCCAUAUGGUGAUGUGACAGCUGUCAGGAAAGGCAGGCUUUGACCGCAGCUGGCUUUCCCCCUUCGUUUUACGGGCGUAGUGCGAGAGGCCAGCCCUUGGGGGGAGGCCUCGGCAUUCCUGAGCGUUGGUCGAGGCACCCUCGCCCCUUUUCUUUCCCUCGUUGCCUGUCAGAUGUGCCUGUCCCGGUUCAUUCUCUCCGACUUCCUACUGCCCCUGAACCCUGGACUGGAGCUGAAGAUCCGCAACCGGGCGCUGCCAUGGACUCCUCAGCCGAACCCGACUAGCGAGACUCCAUCUGAAUCGCACCGGCCGCGCUUGGCGACUAGCAACUUGGCCACCUCGGAUCUAGGCGAAGUCAUAUUGUUUCCGGGCCUUGGAACAGAUCCCCGCUGCUGGCACGCGUACCCACCGGAGUGGAAAGCGUCGCCCACUUGCGCGCUCUCCCGUAGCCUUAGAAAUUCCCUUUCUUGGCUCGAGCCCGUUACUUGGCGUGCCGUUUGUUUGGCUUGCGCCUGCAGCAAGGGCAGGCUAAUACAUCGAUCCUCUACAACUGGUGUCAGCACGCGCCCCAUCAUCGCCAAAAGCCCCCCAGGCCCCCCAUCUUUUGGUCGUCGCUGCACGAAACCCCCACCCCACACGCCCCAGGGGGCUGUCCGAGGGGAGCCCGCCCUUCCUCUCCGCCCAUGUCAUCGCCUGCUGAAAUCCUCCCGGUUCUGCUUGCUCGGUCGUCGCCUUUGUCGGGGCUAGGCGCCUCUGUCUUGUGAGGGUCAAGCCUCGUCGGACUUGGGAACAAUGGGGGAACACAACCAGCUCGCGGAAAUCGGUGUCGUCGAGCUGCUGGAGUCGGACCCGAGGCCAUCCUUUGUUUUCGACCUGGACUGGUGCGGCCUGCCGCCCAACAAACUUCAGCCUCAACAGCAAGCAUGUAUUGCAUAUCGUAAUGGUGCUCUGGUCGACAAUGCCUCCCUCGCCUUCGCCUUAUCCGGGCCGCCGUCUAGGGCCCGCGAUGAAUUUUGGGAAUGGAUCCAGGCACCAAACCCUGGGGCUUCCUCAUCCCUUCCCUUCCGAGGUGUUUACUGGACUCGCCAUGUCUUGAGGAAACGAUGGGCUGUCGUCAGCGGAAACGCGCAACCGGCGCACUCGGCAAGGUCCCCGUCUCAGGAGACCAAGAAGCCUGCGCCCAGCAACUUCACACAGGGUGCGAGGAUCCCCUACUCCCCGACACAGGGCCGCGCAUCGUUGGUGAAGCAAUCAGACGCACACUUUCGGAGAAUCAACUCGGAGCCUGCCGCUGAGCCAAACCAUAUCAGCAGUGCCAGGGCAAAAGCUCGGACCGAGGCUUUUCACGGCGGGUGGACGGUGCCCAUGUUUGUCACGAACCAGGAGGAGCCGUUUCUCGACAUCAUCAACAAUGUCGACUGGGCAUCGACGCCCCUUGGUGGUAUGUCAGCUUGGCCUCCGCGCCUGCACCAAACCUUCAGCCAGAUCCUCGUCGACUCCCGCCCCAUUGCCAUCAGCUGGGGCCCCGACCACACCACGAUAUAUAACGAGGCAUUCAGCAGGCUCUGUGGCUGCCGUCACCCCCAGGUCCUGGGCAAACCCACCCAUGAAAUCUGGCCGGACAAGCGCGAGUGGCUCCGCAAUAGUAUGCGCGAAAGCGCGCUCAAGCAACGGGCUGUUGCUGACGACGAGGACCUUGGCUGCUUCAUCGAAAAUGCGGAUGGGACGCUGCGCGAGACCUACCUAAAGUGGUCCAUAAUACCCAUCACCGAGAACAACCAAGUUGUGGGAUUGAUGCACUCGGUGACCGAAACCACGUCCAUGCGGCUUUGGGAGAGGCGCAUGAAGAUGCUGAUCAACCUGGGAGAGGUUCUGGUGACGGCUAGGGACGUCAAGGCUUACUGGAGGAAGACGCUGGAGGAGCUCGAGGCUGUGGAGCCCCGGUUCGACAUACCGCUCGCCAUCCUCUAUUCCGUUGACGAGGGGACCGAUGCCGAACUCGGACCUGUUCCUAAUCGCUAUGCUUCAACCAAGAUGUGCCACUUGGAAGGUUCUCUCGGUGUUCCCCACGGCCACCCCCUCAGCCCACCCUUGCUCAACCUCGGGAUGAGCGACGAGGGGUUGUCGGCGGCAUUCAGGCGCACAAUGGGGGAAUUUGCGCCAAUAUCCAUUCGCACAGCGGACGACAGCUUUCCCCUGCAUCUUCAAGAUGGGCUAAACUGGCGCGGGUUUGGUGACCCAUGCCAGGAGGCGCUUGUGGUUCCUAUCAGGCCAACCAAGGAGGAGGACGUUAUGGGACUCCUGGUCCUGGGGUUGAACCCACGACGUCCAUACGAUAACGGGUAUCGCCAGUACAUCUCUCUACUCAACCAGAAGCUUACAACGUCUCUGGCCUCGACUGUGCUGCUCCAAGAAGAAGAGCGACGUGGUUGGAACGCGGCAGAGCAAGCGGCGUACGACAAGGCGAUGCUCAAGGAAAAGCUUGAUGCGCGAACCAAGGAGGCAACCGAGUUUAUCAGGCGAUUCGAGGCCGUGGCACAGUUUACCCCGGUUGGUAUGUGCUUUGGGAAUGCCCAGGGGAACGUGACCUUUGCAAACGAUGCGUGGUUCCGCAUCACAGGGGUUGAAAGAAAAGAAUCGCCCGGCCCGGAAUCGAGUGGCGGCUACGUCACCAUGGGUGACUUCCUCGCUCGUGUCGUGGACGAGGAUCGCAUGAACAUCGUGCGGGCAUACGAGGAUGUUCGUGGCGGGAAGAAUGUAACGUUUGAGUUCCGGGUUAGGAAGCGGGAGGGCGACACCUCCCUGGACGAGACGACGGCGCCAAGCUCGUCGUCGCCAAGCUUUGAGAAGACCGGGUUGAAUCUGGUUAGGCUCGAGGGCGUGCCGGCAGACGAGCGCCAUGUGCUCGCUUCGGCCAAGGCGGAGCCGUCGCCGGACGGGGCUGUGAUUCGGAUAUUGACCUGCCUGACCGACGUUACGGCCCAAAGGAAAGUCGCGGACGAGGCUGUGAGACGUGCACAGGAGGCCGAGAAUCUCAAGCGCAUGGCUGAGUUCGCGACAGUGGGAAUGUACGACAUGGAUCUGGAAGGUCGCCUGAUCGGGGCCAACCGCGUCUUCUACGAGAUGUGCGGUGUGGGCCAGGCGGCCGUGAUGGACGGCGUUUCGGACGGCGCCCCUGUGGUCAGGCCUCUCCACGAAUGCGUCGUGGCCGAAGACUUUCCGCUGCUCGAGCGGACGCUCUCACUCCUCCUCAGCGAGGGCAAGCAGCAGACGGCCGAGCUGCGAUUCAAGAAGCCGUGGACGGCAGAGGACAAGGCGAUGCGGAUCGUGGCGCCCCGCUGGGUCUCGGCGACCUUUUUGCCGGUCCGGAGCUCAGAUGGAUUCGUGCGGUCUUUCACCGGCUGCCUUUCCGAUAUCAGCAUGCAAAAGUGGCAGCUCGAGCGAGAGCGACAGCGCAAGGAAGAUGCCAUCGAGUCCAAGCGCCAGCAAGAAAGCUUCAUAGACAUAACAUCCCAUGAGAUGCGAAAUCCGCUGUCGGCCAUAAUACACUGCGCAGAUGCGGUCAUCGCGUCGCUAGCCAAAGUACAGCAGCUGGAGCGGGUGUUGACUCCGCCCCCGACCUCGACCAUGGGAUCGGUCUCGCCGAGGGACAAGGGCACAGAGCACCCUGUGACGGAUGCUGCCGAACUCAUAAACAACGGGAUCGAGAACGCCGAAACCAUCAUCCUGUGCGCCCAGCACCAGAAACGGAUUGUGGACGACAUUUUAACAAUGUCCAAGCUGGACUCUAGGCUGCUUGUUGUGACGCCCAUCACAGCCGACCCAGUCCAGAUUGUUCAGGAGGCGCUAAAGAUGUUUGAGGUCGAAGCCAGGCGUGUGGAUAUCAACCUCAGCAUGGUUGUUGACAAGUCGUACCAGAGGCUCAACAUUGACUUUCUCCAGUUCGACCCCUCCAGAGUCAAACAGGUGCUCAUCAACCUGCUCACCAACGCGCUCAAGUUCACGGGCUCUGGGCCCACGAGCAACGUCACAGUGGGCAUCAGCGCAUCGAAAAGCCCUCCAAACGAGGCCACCUCGUCGGUCCAGUUCAUCCCACGCAAAGUCGAAAAACUACCCGGAACAGAGGCGGCGACCGAGACACAGCCCGAGGCACAAGAAACGAACAGCAUUGUGGGACGUGGCGAGCCCAUAUACAUCAUGUUCGAGGUGAAGGACACUGGGGAGGGGCUAAACGAUGAGGAGAAGAAGAUAUUGUUUCAGCGGUUCGUGCAGGCGUCGUCACGUACCCACGUCAAGUACGGCGGCUCAGGGCUGGGGCUCUUCAUCUCACGACGACUCACCGAGAUGCAGGAUGGGGCGAUCGGGGUCGCAUCACAACCGGGGGUGGGGUCCACGUUUGCUUUCUACAUCAAGACCUUCCGGCCCGACGCGGCGGCGUUGGGCGAGGCCCGUCGAGCGGCGCGGGAGUCGGCGGCGUUCCAACUGGAGCCCCUGAGCCUGGACACGAGCGCCGCGGGCCAUCCGAGCGACGGCUCUAGUCUAGAGGGCGCUACUGCUCGAAAAGGCGCUGGGCUCUCACCCUUGUCCCCAGUUGUGGAAGACCCCAAGAUUACGGGCAUUCUCGUCGUCGAGGACAACUUGAUCAACCAGCAGAUUACAAGGCGGGGAUUGCUUGACCGGGGCUACAGGGUGGAGGUGGCGAACCACGGGCUGGAGGCACUAGAGAUCCUCAGGCUAUCCGACCGUUGUGCCCUCCAGUCUCAGGACGACGGGGUCGCCAACAACGUCUCGACGUUGUCGUCCUCGUCUUCGAAGAAGUUCGAGUUGAGCGUUAUCCUCAUGGACAUGGAAAUGCCAACUAUGGACGGGCUGACGUGCACGCGCGAGAUACGGGGGCUGGAGGCACGUGGGAAAAUCGUGGGCGGGCGAAUACCCAUCAUCGCGGUCAGCGCCAACGCGCGGAUGGAACAGGUGCUCGAGGCCAAGGUCGCAGGGUGCGACGACGUGCUCGUCAAACCUUACCGCAUGCCGGAGCUCAUUACGAAGAUGAAGAUGGUGGUCGGCGCCUUGGCCAAUGCAAGGCGGCAGCAGGAGCAACUACAACAACAGCAGCAAACCAAUGUCCUCCCUCGCACCGCCUUGGCCCCAACGUCACUGCCGACAGGAUGAACCGUUCCGGCUGGCCGUCCUUGUACAACCUCGGGAGGCGUGGGCUUUGAGUGGGCGAGAUGCCCGUCCCACGUUGGCGCUACCCCAUUCCAGUCGGCCGGCCCGGGAGUGUUUUUUUUGUUGUCCCUUUGCUGAUAUAUACCCACGUGUUUGGUGUUGUACUUUUACCGUUUUUCUUCUUUCUCUGGGCGUCAACAUGAGAUGCCGGGCAUGGGGUUUAUAAUCGGGAGCGGCGGCGGCGAUGGGUUGAGUCCUCAAGGGAAAUUCAUCUUAUGUUGGAACAGUAUUUCUGUGCGCGUGCGAUCCGGAAAAGGAAGGUUGUCACAGGAGGCUCCGGGAUCCUCUGGAUCCCGCACGGGCCAACACUAUCUGCCUUAGGCAGAGCAGGAACCACCCUUUGGGUGAUCGUCCCUGUGCAUAUAACGGGCAGUCCUGUGCCCUUCUUCUGGCAGAUAGAUUCCUUCCUCUUCAUGCACAAUAUAGGAUUUUCCCCAGAUCACAGAAGAUCGUUGUUCAUCACCUUUGGAGAUCUCCGAGCCGUCUAACAGGAGUACCAGACUCCUACCAACAUCU